AUGUUGAAGUGCUUAAUGCAGAAUAAUUAAUGUUUUUUGUUUUUUUAACUUCGUUGUACAGCAGCAAGAUUAUGGUUACCAUGUAUAAUUUCGGUACCCUCAAACUAACGCAAACUAAUAUGACGUGGUUGAACUGUGUUUUGUUUUUUCGCGGAAGUUGUGUUGGGAAUGGUGUAGGCAUGAUGUGUAAAGCGUAAAGUGAAUGUGAUUUAGUAAAUUACGGAUAUUAUUUUCGCCUGUUAUUCACCUAGUACAAGUUUUCAUUAUUAGGGCUUUCAGAAAUGAAUUUUAACGCGACGUCCGGUGCAAGACAUCGUAAGUGUAGCUGCACAGAAAGGAAGCAGAAAAAAGCGUGUGAGUGAUACAGCUGCCAUGAGUGCCCCAGCCUACCCUCCACCAUACAAUCCUUAUGCUUCAGCAGUUCCAGGAAACAUGCCACCUAACAUGAACAUGUAUGAUGGCAGAUAUGUACUUCCACCUCCAUAUACUGCCAGUCCAGAUUAUUCACGCAUACAUCCAAGUUUUCCACCAGCAGACCAGGGCUUUUCCAUUCCAAGUCAGUUCCUGAAUGAGCCUCUUGUGGCAAAUGUUGCCAUGCAAUAUGGCCAGGCACUGGUUGGUUCAGGCAAGCAGCUGGUUGGUCAAGAACUUGAGAAAUACGUCCCUUUUUCAAGGAUCAAAUAUUACUUUGCUGUUGACACAAGAUAUGUCACUAAGAAACUGGGACUUCUGUUUUUCCCUUUCACUCAUUCAGAUUGGUCUCUUAGAUAUGAACAAGAUGGACCUGUUCAGCCUCGCUACGAAAUAAAUGCACCAGACUUGUACAUACCUACAAUGGCAUAUGUGACAUAUGUCCUUGUUGCUGGGUUAGUUCUUGGCAUGCAGGACAGAUUUACUCCAGAGGUGUUAAGCAUUCAAGCAAGUACAGCGCUUGCAUGGACAGUGUUCGAGAUAAUAGUUGAACUGAUCACGAUGUACAUUACCAAUAUACAGACCAACCUGAAAACAUUGGAUUUGAUAGCUUAUGGAGGAUAUAAAUAUGUUGGGAUAAUUUUUGCAGUGCUCCUGAGCAUACUUUUUCACAAAACCGGGUACUUUAUAGGACUGAUUUACUGUAGUAUGUCCCUUAUUUUCUUCUUGGUUCGUACUCUGAAGGUACAGAUCCUGCCAAUUGGAACAUCACCAUCUCACCACGAUCCAUACAUGCACAACAGUGGUAACAAGCGAAGAAUGUAUCUCCUGCUAUUUGUGGCAGGAAUCCAGCCCUUUCUGAUGUGGUGGCUGUCAUUUCAUCUCAUUUCUCCACCAGUUCCAAAGUCCUAACACAUGCUGCAACAAUUAAACUCAAGUGUGUUGCUGCAUGUAAUAAUUUUGUGACGCUUCCACAUUCUGCUGAAGAUUUCCAGUUACUGUAAACAGUUUCCAACUAAACUGUGCUGCUUGAAAGUUUGACAGAAAUUGACACGUGUUAUUUCCAUAACUGGCACUGGUAGUUAUGUACUUCUGUGUGCAAACUGAAAUGGGCAGCUAGUAAUCGUCAUUUAGGCUGAUUUUUAUACUGUAUUUCAGACGUGAACGUGAACUUUAUUUCAGUUCCCAUUCUAGUUGAGUUUGCACAAAAAGUUAAUGUAGAUUAUAGUGCUUUAUAAUUUUAAUACAUUUCAGUUUAGAUUUUGCUGUAUAAAAUUUAUGUUAUACAUUGAUGUUUAAAGCCUAGAUGAGUUUUGGUUCUGAGUAAGUAUUCUGUCUAAGUAUUGUUCACUUAAAAUGAUAUGAAGUUCAACCAUGAUUUACUGUUUCAUAGUUUAAAAUUUUCUCUCAAUAAAGGUAAAAUCUCAGUUAUCUGAAGACCAUAA